AUGGCCGAGGCAGUAGGGUCAACAUCGGCGGCGGGGAGUGCGCGCAAGAGGGUGCGCAAGCGCUCGCGCAAGUCCAAAUCCAAUACUGCCGCGAAUGACGACUCGGACGCGGAAUCGCUCGACACACCGCACCACCCCUCCGCACCAGUCAAGACCGCUCCUGCCGAGCCUGCACGGGCUGCUGCGGCAAGUGUACCUGCCCCUGCGCCCGCAUCUGCAGCUCCAUCCAAGGCGGUGACAAAGGUGGCAGAGGUGAACCCGCACAAGCCAUCGUUCAUCACGCGGCCGACCGCGCCGGGUGGGCGGCGGUAUACGGUGUCGGUCGCCAUCCCGGGCUCGAUCGUAGUCAACGCGCAGUCGCCCGAGCUGCAAAGCCGGCUGGCGGCGCACAUUGCGCGCGCGUGUGCGAUAUUCAACGUGGACGAGAUUGUUGUAUUCGACGAAGGCGAUGUGCGCUCCAUCGACCCGGACGCCCAUUCUCAGCAGCGCCCACCCGCGCGCGGCAGUAAACGACGCUGGAGCGAGCCACAGUCCGCCGCAGCCAACGAGGGCGAGGGCGAAGAGCAGCAAGAAGAGUCCGACAACAAGGGUUUCGAUCCACAGACGUUCCUGGCGCGCGUGUUGCAGUACCUCGAGACGCCGCAGUAUCUGCGAAAGGCGCUGUUCCCCAUGCACCGCGACUUGAGGCUGGCGGGUUUGAUGCCGCCGCUCGACUGUCCGCACCACCUGCGCUUCGAGGACGAGUGCGAGUAUCGCGAAGGCGUCACCGUCGAUCCUCCCCACUGGGCUCGCGGCAGGGGUCAAGGCGUAUACGUCAACAUUGGACUUCGUGAUCCGAUCCAAGCCACUCUCCCCGGUGGCGUGCCUGCACGUGUCGAGACCGGCACCAGGGUGACGAUCAAAAUGCCCUACAGCGCGCACGAGGCCGGCGAGAUCGUCUCUCCGCGCGAACCCGUCGAGAAGCUCGGUUGGUACUGGGGCUACACUGUGCGCCUCGCACCGUCGCUCUCGGCCGUGCUGACCGACUGCCCCUUUGGCAGCGAGUACGAUCUGGUCAUCGGAACAUCGGAGCGCGGAGUUUCGCUGACUGACCUCGCGCUGGCCACGAGCCAGGCCACACCCGUCGCCACCCCGGAAGGUCAGACGGUGCAGCCGCUGGCCCAGCCCCAGCAUGCGCUCAUCGUCUUUGGCGGUCUCAGCGGUCUGGAGCUCGCAGUGGAGGCAGAUGCAGGCAUUCAGCUCGACAGGAACAAUGCCGCCGAGCUGUUUGAUGCCUGGGUCAACGUCGUGGACAACCAGGGGUCCAGGACGGUCAGGUCGGAAGAGGCGAUCAUGAUCGCACUCGCGCGUGUCAAGCCCAUCCUGGACCACCUCGCCGCCGCAAAGUAG